ACCUCUAAAUGGCUGAUUUUCUUUCUCUCUCUACUGUAUUAAAUGACAGGAGCAAAAUCGUCCAAAUUUUUUUUUGGUGGCUUUGAGUACUAAAUUUGGGGGCUUUAAAAAUCCAUCCCCUUUUUUGAUACAGAGGAAAAAAGAGUGAUAAUUUUCUGCUCCCAUUUUUAAAAAUUCAUUUUUUUGUAUUAUUCAUUCUAUUUUGUUGGCAAACUAAAAUCAAAAUGAGAAGGAAUCUUGGAUCGAAAGAAGACGGAAAGUCGAAUUUUUUAGGAAAAAAAAAAAAAGAUGAUCCAUCUGUCACUUGUGAUUCUCAUUCUCAACUCCGAUAACAAAUUAACAAUUUGCUCCAAUUCCUCCACCACUCCACUGCGCCACCACCACCACCACUUCUACAGCCACCGUUGCCAGCAUGGCAGCUACUCCUCAUCUCCCUCAACCCGAAUGCUUUCUAUCAGUAUCCCUUCUACUUCUUCUUCUUCUUGUAUCAUCCCUCCAAAUUUCACUGGCCAAACCAUCAGUACAAGAAUCAACUGAAUCCGAAAUCAUAUCCAGGUUCCAGCAAUACCUCCAGAUAAACACAUCCCAACCCGACCCGGAUUACAAACAAUCCACCUCCUUCCUCCUUGCCAUCGCCAACUCCCUCUCCCUUGAAUCCCAAGUCCUUGAGUUCGUGCCCGGAAAACCCCUCGUCCUCCUCAAGUGGCCCGGAACCGACCCGAGUCUUCCUUCCAUACUCCUGAAUUCCCACACAGAUGUCGUCCCCUCCGAGCCUCACAAGUGGGGCCACCCGCCAUUCCAGGCCCACCUCGACCCUUCCACCGGCCACAUCUUCGCCAGGGGAUCACAGGACAUGAAGUGCGUCGGGAUGCAGUACUUGGAAGCCAUCUGGAAGCUGAGAAGUUCCGGGUUUAAACCGACCCGGGACGUGUACCUUUCUUUUGUACCCGACGAGGAAAUCGGGGGACAUGAUGGGGCGGAGAAGUUUGCAGAGUCCGAAGUGUUCGAUAAAAUGAAUGUUGGGGUUGUUUUGGAUGAAGGGUUGGCGAGCCCGGAUGGGUUUUAUCGUGUCUUUUAUGGGGAGAGAUCGGCAUGGUGGAUGUCGAUUAAGGCGGUUGGGAAACCAGGUCAUGGCGCGAAGCUGUAUGACAAUAGUGCUAUGGAGAAUUUGUUCAAGAGUAUUGAGAGUAUACGGAGGUUUAGAAGUGCACAGUUUGAUUUAGUUAAAUCGGGUUCCAGAGCUGAAGGGGACGUUAUCUCUGUCAACAUGGUGUUUCUCAAAGCUGGCACUCCUUCCCCAACUGGGUUUGUUAUGAAUUUGCAGCCAUCUGAAGCUGUAGCUGGAUUUGACAUACGAGUUCCUCCAACAGCUGAUCCUUUGGCCUUGGAGAGACGAAUUGCUGAGGAAUGGGCACCAAGUUCCCGUAAUAUGACCUUUGAGUUCAAACAAAAGGGCCCGCUUCAUGACAAGUUUGGGAAACCCAUGGUGACACCCCUUGAUGAUUCAAAUCCUUGGUGGGGACUCUUACAAAAAGCUAUCAAGAAUGCAAAUGGCGUUCUUGGAAAGCCAGAAAUAUUUCCAGCUUCUACAGAUGCUCGCUACUUCCGCAACCGAGGCUUGCCAGCUAUUGGCUUUUCUCCUAUGGCCAACACUCCAAUUCUACUUCACGACCACAAUGAGGUGAUCAUUAUAUCUUGCAUAGUUGGACCAAGUCUCUGAAUGUUUGCAUGACUAGAUUGUAUAUGAGUUAGUGCCUGAUAUUACUUCUAAUUGAGAAAAGAAACCCUGUGAUGCGUUCCUCUAAGUUUGGUUGCGUGAAUAUGUUUGUUGGAUGAAACAAAGCUGUUCAAAACCGCUGCACCUGUAAGCUUAUGUCUCUCGACUCUCCUAGAUAACUUGAUUUAUCGUAUACCACAAGACUGCCAAUAUGGGUGACUAAGUAGGAUAUUGGUCUAAGUUGUAUAAGCUUAAAUGCUAUGAAGGAACUCCUCGAAGAAAAAAUUUCUAUUUGUCAGCAUCUUUUGUUGAUUUGUUAGUAUAAUUCUUACUUAUAUGGUGUUACAUCUUUCUAAAGAGUUGCCAAUACAAGUUUUGCAUAUUUCAUCGUGGUGUUUUACUGUCGUGUUUUGUCCCAACCACUGUUUUAUGAAAGUUUUCAUCGACUGAGAUUACACAAUUUUAAUUGCAUUAACUUGUUUGCGUUCCUUUUGCAGUAUUUGAACAAGGAUGAGUAUUUGAAGGGGAUUGACCUGUAUGUGUCAAUUAUCAAAACCUACUCAUCUUUUGCCCCACGUACUGCGAGGGAUGACGCUUCCAGAGCAGAGCUGUAACUGAAAUUUCUCUUGGGCGAGAGUGAUUGCUGCAGAUUGCACGUGAUCAGACGAAGGAAAGUCAGGUGUUCGUAAGGUUUCUCCUGUAUCAGAAGCAGCAGCUGUCAGAAUGUGAUGAUUAUAAAGUCCUUGAGAAUUUAAUUUGAGCUGCCACGAGAUGAUAUUGUGUGUCUUUAUUCAUACUUAAAUGAGAAAGAUACAUAUUAGGACUGAGCACGAUUGCAAACAUGUGAUGCAUGUAGCCGGACUCCACAUAGUGGUUGCUUGUUAUGGAUAUUGUAUAGUACACAAUGAUAUUGUCAUCAUUUAGCCAAACUCCACAUAGUGGUUGCUUAUUACAGUUUUCUUGCUUCAAUUGCUCAGUAUCACAUUUCUAGAGUAUAUGCAUAGUUUAGUGAUGCUGGUUUAAGUCUGAACAUGCAUUCGUGCAGCUUUAUUGGCUCACUUUCCAUACAUCCAUUGACUUUUUUGGCUUUUACUACAGUAUCAAACUAUAAGUAUAUUACAAUUGGUUUACACUACGAUCAAAUACAUCA